GUGUUCUCCUCCCUCAUUCCUCGCUCUCUCCCAUCCUCUUCCUCUUUUCUUUUUGGCCUUCCCUACAUUUUGACCCCCCCUGCACGGGGGCUGGCGGCUUGAGCACCGGGAUCGUUGCCAGAACUCCGAGAACAAGAACAAAAACGACAAGGAGGACCUCCAGCGCGACAUGGAGAAGGCCAACGCCGCCAUCGAGACCAUGAAGACCGAGGAUCGGAUAACACCGACCUGCAGGCCCAGAUCAAGGAGCUGGGGUACGAGAUCGGCAACUCCACGCAGGACAAGCAGGAACUCCUGGCGAUGAGGACCGCCGAAACCAGCAGGUUCAGGAGUGCGUUGGAGACGGACAAGCGGGCAGCCGAGCUGAUCACGAAGGCCAUCGAGACAAUGGCGGCGUUCUACGAGCGGAACAAGCUCAGCGCCAUCCAGGCCACCUCCAAGAGAAGAGAAGAGCCCGAGUACUCGUCGGACCCCGACAGGGCGCCCGAGACCUCUUGGGACGGCGACAAGUACGCCGGCAGGAAGAGCGAGCAUGUGGGCGUCACGGCGAUCCUGGAGAUGAUCCGCGAGGACGUUUACAAGGAGAUGGAGACCGCCAAGAGGGACGAGGCCUCGGCGCAGGGCGAGUACAAGAAGCAGAGCGCCGCCCUAGCGGACGCCAUCCGCUCCCAGGAGAUGUCCAAGGCGGCGUCCGAGAAGGAGUUGGCGGAGCUCCAGGCGAAGAUCCUCGCCAAGGAGGAGUUUCUCAGCGCGAAGACCGACCUGGAUGGCGAGACCAAGCUGGCGGCCUCGAUCUACGACGACUGCUCGUGGGUGUCGGGCGGGGCGCGCGGCGCUGGCCCCUCCUUCGACACCCGGGCCCAGAAGCGGAAGACCGAGAUGGACGGCCUGGUCGCGGCCAAGAACUACCUCGCCGGCGUCGAGGACGGCACGGCGCUCGACGCUGGCGCCAGCUCCUGAAGACGUCGCGCGCGGCCGCGCCGGGCGCUGGCGCGCCAAAAUCGGCGGCGCGCGCGGUCGUCAGGGCAACGUCAGGGGGGGCGGAGACCGCCCUUGGGCGUGCCAGAGAGCACGGCUGAUUUGGGCCUCGUACACCACCUCCUCUUCCUCCACCUCCUCCUCCUCCUCCUCCUCCUCCUCCUCCUCCUCUUCUGCCUCCUUCUC